CAAAAUGUCUGCCCCCUGAAAUAACCGUUUUACUAAACACGGCGGAAAUCUUUAUAACUACCCCGAAUAAUCUGUCAACAUAAACAAUUUUUAUUGUUGUAAACAUAAAACAUGCCGCUCAAGCAUCUGAAGACUCUUCUUUCUCCACAGGACGGGGCUGCGAAAGUUACUUGCAUGACAUGGGCUCCAAACAACGCAAAAUUUGCCGUGUGCACAGUUGACCGGGUAGUUCUGCUUUACGAUGAACAAGGCGAGAGAAGGGAUAAGUUUUCAACGAAGCCUGCGGACUCUAAAUACGGGAAGAAAAGCUACGUGGUCAAGUCUAUGGUAUUUUCUCCAGAUUCCACUAAAAUUGGCAUUGCUCAAACUGACAAUAUAAUAUUUGUUUACAAAAUUGGACAGGAAUGGGGAGACAAAAAAGUUAUUUGCAACAAAUUUGUGCAGACAAGUGCUGUAACAUGUUUGCUAUGGCCAGCAGAACAUUCUAUAGUUUUUGGACUAACAGAGGGAAAAAUUCGAGUAGCCAACACCAAAACCAACAAAUCAUCUACAAUAUAUGGAACUGAGUCAUAUGUCAUAUCACUAACCUCCAAUGUCUCUGGGAAAGGAAUUCUUUCAGGACAUGCAGAUGGAACUGUUGUGCGGUAUUUUUUUGAUGAUGAAGGCUCAGGAGAAUCUCAGGGCAAAUUGCUAAUACACCCCUGCCCACCAUAUGCACUGGCCUGGGGAGCAAACAGCAUUAUUGUGGCUGGAUGUGAUAAGAAGGUUGUGGCCUAUGAUAGAGAGGGCCAUGUACUGCAGACGUUCGAUUACAGCCGGGAUCGCUUGGAGAAGGAAUUCACUGUUGCAGCAACCAGCCCUAGUGGCCAGUCAGUAGUCUUGGGAAGUUUUGAUAGAUUGAGGGUUUUCAACUGGUGCCCUCGAAGGAGUGCCUGGGAUGAGGCUUCUCCCAAAGAAAUUCCUAACCUGUACACCAUCACAGCUCUGGCCUGGAAAAAAGACGGCUCACGGCUCUGCGCCGGCACGCUGUGUGGGGGAGUGGAGCAGUUCGAUUGUUGCCUUCGCAGGAGCAUUUACAAGAAUAAAUUUGAGAUGACUUAUGUGGGCCUGAGCCAGGUGAUUGUGAAGAACCUCUCGACAGGCACCCGAGUGGUGCUGAAGUCGCAUUAUGGCUAUGAGAUUGAGGAGGUGAAGAUCCUGGGGAAGGAGCGCUACCUAGUAGCACACACCUCCGACACUUUGCUGCUGGGGGACCUGGCCUCCAAUAAACUCAGCGAGGUGGCGUGGCAGGGCUCUGGAGGCAAUGAGAAGUUCUUCUUUGAAAAUGAAGCAGUGUGUAUGGUUUUCAAUGCGGGAGAGCUAACACUGGUAGAGUAUGGCAACAAUGAGAUUCUGGGAUCUGUUCGUACUGAAUUUAUGAACCCACACCUUACCAGUGUGCGUCUGAAUGACAGGAGGCAGAAGGGAGUGGAGGAGAACAAGAAGUUAGCAUACCUAAUCGACAUCAAAACCAUCGCCAUUUUGGACUUGGCGGGUGGUUAUAACCUGGGAACUGUUAGUCACGACUUGAAGAUUGACUGGCUGGAGUUGAAUGAGACAGGCCGCAAGCUGCUCUUCAGAGACAAGAAGCUUAAGCUGAACCUGUUUGACAUUGAGAGUGGUGUGAAGACCACCGUCCUGAGCUUCUGCUCCUACGUCCAGUGGGUACCUGGCAGUGAUGUGGUGGUGGCUCAGAACCGUGGUAACCUCUGUGUUUGGUACAACAUUGACAGCCCUGAGAGAGUCACUAUGUUCCCACUGAAAGGGGAUAUUGUUGAUCUGGAAAGGGCCAAUGGCAAAACAGAGGUGAUUGUGACAGAAGGAGUGAAUACAGUCUCCUAUACACUAGAUGAAGGAUUGAUUGAGUUUGGAACAGCCAUUGAUGAUGGAGAUUAUUACAGAGCCACAGCAUUUCUGGAGACUCUGGAAAUGUGUGCUGAGACAGAAGCCAUGUGGAAGACACUGAGCAAACUCUCUCUGGAGGCAAGGCAACUGCAUAUUGCUGAGAGGUGCUUUGCAGCCUUAGGUGAUGUAUCGAAGAUUCGGUUUUUGAAUGAGACCAACAAAAUCGCUGACUCCAUUGCAAAGGAAUAUGGUGGUGAUGGCACAGAAAACUACAAAGUGAAGGCACGCUUAGCAAUGCUGGAUAAGAACUUCAAACUGGCUGAAAUGUACUACAUGGAGCAGAAUGCAAUCGAUGAGGUGAUGGAAAUGUACCAGGAGCUGCACAUGUGGGAUGACUGUAUUGCAGUGGCAGAGGCCAAGGGCCAUCCCGAGCUGGACAACCUGCGACGUAGCUACUUUGCUUGGUUGAUGGAGACCAAUCAGAAUGAGAAGGCAGGGGAAGUCAAGGAAAGCGAGGGUGACUAUGUGGGGGCUGUUAACCUCUACCUGAAGGCGGGUCUCCCCGCCAAGGCUGCCUGGCUAGCUAUGAGCAGGGACGACCUCCUAGCCAGCAGUGAUAUCAUUAACCGCAUCGCCACAGCCCUCAUCAAAGGGGAGUUCUAUGAGAGGGCUGGUGACCUCUUUGAGAGGAUUAGAAAUAACCAGCGGGCCCUAGAAUGUUACCGCACAGGCAAUGCCUUCAGAAAAGCUGUGGAGCUGGCACGGUUGGCCUUCCCGUCGGAGGUAGUGAAGCUGGAGGAGGUGUGGGGGGACUACCUUGUCCAACAGAAACAAAUGGAUGCCGCCAUCAACCAUUACAUCGAGUCUGGGUGCUCCUCCAAAGCAGUAGAGGCAGCAAUUGGGGCACGGCAGUGGAAGAAAGCCCUGCACAUCGUUGAGCUACAGGAGGACAGGUCUUUAGAUAUGUCCUACCUGAAGAUCGCCCAGCACUACGCUUCCAUUCAGGAGUUUGAGGUGGCAGAGCGCCUCUUCGUAAAAGGAGACCAUCUCAGAGAUGCCAUCGACAUGUACACACAGGCAGGGAAAUGGGAGCAAGCGCACAAGCUUGCUGUGAAGUGCAUGUCCCAGGAGGAAGUGUCUGCUCUUUACAUCAGUCGGGCAAAAGAGCUAGAGAAGGAGGGGAAGUACAAUGAAGCAGAAAGGUUGUUUGCCACUGUCAAUGAGCCAGAUCUGGCCAUCACCAUGUACAAGAAGAACAAGAUGUAUGAUGACAUGAUCCGCCUGGUCGGCCGACACCACAGGAACCUUCUGCAGGAGACCCACAUUCACUUAGCCAAAGAGCUGGAAGCUGACGGACGCUUCCAGGAAGCGGAGUAUCACUACAUCGAGGGCCAAGAUUGGAAAGCUGCGGUCAACAUGUACGCGCAUGGUGACAUGUGGGAGGAGGCUUACCGGGUGUCAAAGAACCACGGAGCAACCAGUGCGCACAAGCAGGUGGCGUACCUUUGGGCCAAGAGUCUGGGGGGAGAGGCAGCUGUCAAACUACUUAACAAAUUUGGCCUGCUGGAGACUGCUAUUGACUUUGCAGCAGAAAACCGUUCAUUUGAAUUUGCCUUCGAGCUCGCCCGCCUUUCGAUGAAACAGAAGAUCCCUCAGAUUCAUCUAAAGAAUGCCAUGUUCUUGGAAGAUGAGGGCAAGUUCAUUGAAGCAGAGACAGAGUUCAUCAAAGCAGGAAAGCCCAAGGAAGCUGUACUGAUGUACGUUCAUAUUCAGGACUGGAGUGGAGCACAGAGAGUGGCUGAGGCCCAUGACCCGGACAGUGUGGCCGACGUGCUGGUGGGCCAGGCCAAGUUCUGCUUCGAACAGAAGGACUUCCAGAAAGCUGAGGCCUUCCUGCUUCGGGCCCAGAGGCCUGAACUGGCUAUCAAGUACUACAGAGAUGCUGAGAUGUGGAGUGAUGCCAUUCGUAUCUGUAAGGACUACCUGCCCAACAAGCUGGCUGUGCUCCAGGAGGAGUAUGAGAAAGAGGCAUCGAGGAAGGGCAAUCGGGGAGUGGAGGGCAUGGUGGAACAGGCUCAAGAAUGGGAGCAAUCAUGUGACUAUGCCCAGGCAGUAGACUGCUACCUGAAGGUGAAGGACUCAUCUAACGUAGCUCUGCAGGAGAAGUGCUGGAUGAAGGCAGCAGAACUGGCCAUCAAGUUUUUAACACGUGACAAAGCUGUGGCCGUUGUUCAGGCAGUCGGGCCGCGGUUGGUGCAGCUUAGAAAAUACAGCACGGCUGCCGAACUAUAUCUCAACCUGGACCUCAUUAAGGAAGCCGUGGACGCAUUCAUUGAGGGUGAAGAAUGGAACAAAGCCAAGCGAGUGGCCAAAGAGCUCGAUCCAAGGUUGGAGGGCUAUGUUGACCAGCGCUACAAGGAGCACUUGAAAAACCAAGGCAAAGUGGACUCUCUGGUCGGAGUGGAUGUCAUGGCUGCCUUAGACAUGUAUGUUGAAAGAGGCCAGUGGGAGAAGUGCAUUGAUACUGCAUCUAAACAGAAUUUUAAGAUCCUGCACAAAUACGUCGCUCUAUAUGCCACACACCUGAUCAAAGAGAACGAUGCAGAGAAAGUUCUCAGCCUGUAUAUGCAGCAUGGGGUGCCAGCCAACCAGCAGAACUUCAACAUCUACAAACGCAUGUUCCUGGAGCUAAUGAACCUGAGGGACAGGGAUGUCGCAGAGGCGUAUCGGAUGUGGGCCGACCUAAGAGAUGCUCUGCACCUACUGUGUGAGAAUUUGACAAAGUCUUCCGAAGCCAACUCUCCAGCCCAUGAGGACUUUGAGCAGAUGCUUGUUGUAGCACACUAUUACGCCACCCGUUCAGCUAUCAAGGGCACUGACCAGCUGAGUAUUUUGGUGGCCAAGCUGUCCAUUUCACUGCUCAGGCACACCGAGCUUAUUCCAGCAGACAAGGCCUUUUAUGAGGCUGGCCUGGCUGCCAAGGCUGUUGGGUGGGACAACAUGGCUUUUAUCUUCCUCAACCGCUUUCUGGAUUUAGCCGAUGGCAUUGAUGAGGGAACACUGGAGGCCUUAGACCACACAGAUUUUCAGGACACAGACAUUCCCUUUGAGGUCCCUCUGCCAUCAAAGCUCCAUGUCACUGUGGAAAAGCGGGAGGAGAUCAGGGACUGGGUGCUGACUGUUUCUAUGGACCAGCGUGUGGAGCAGGUCCUGCCGAUGGAUGAGAGAGGCACGUACGAGGCCUCGCUUGUGGCUGCCAAAACCGGUAUCCGCUCCCUGCCCUGCGUUAUCACAGGUUACCCUGUACUUCGCAAUAAAAUUGAUUUCAAAAAACCUGGGAUGGCAGCAAACAAGGAUGACUGGAAUAAAUUCCUGAUGGCUACAAAGACCACUCACAGUCCGGAAUGUCAGGACGUCCUGAAGUUUAUUGCCCAGUGGUGUGGGGGUCUUCCAUCAGCUGGCUACUCCUUCCAAUAAAGGGAAGGUGGUUAUUUCUCUCUCUCUCUCUCUGUCUCUGUUCGCUGUGCCUUUGUUUUGCCCCCUCACUCCCACUCCCCACCUGUUCUAUUCAGAUGCUUAAUUUGCUUUACACUCUGCUCCGAAAACAAUGUGCUCCUCUCCUCCUUAUCCAUUGGCCAUUUGUAACCUGUUAAAUCUGUUAUAAAGCGAGAGUACAUUUCUUUCAUCAGGUCAGUUCAUUAAGACUUCUAGAGGUCAUAAAGGUACUCUUUUUAAUGGUGUGUGUGUGUGUGUGUGUGUGUGUGUGUGUGUGUGUGUGUGUGUAAGAGAUGCACGCUAUAAUCCAUACACAUGUCUAAGAAUAACUUUAAAAUAACAAGUCUUUGACUGCUUUCUAUGCUAGACUUCAAUCAUAUUUAAAAUGCUAUUCUCUACAUUUCUGUAUAUAGUUUGGUUUUUUUAUAUCGAUAUAUAUCUAUAUACCUGUUUGGAUAUUUUAUAUGAAUAUUACAGAACUAAAUAAAGAUCAAUUAUUCUGCUAGCAUUCUCAUUAUAUUGCCAGCAUUCUCAUCUUAUUCAUUUCUUAAUUUUGAAGUCGUUAAUAUCUAUCUUGAAGUAUAUAUCAAGUAAGUAAAAUAAAUGCUUAUGUUUUUAUGUUUAGAAGAUUUAGAAACUAAAAAUGAAAGAUGGAAUUUUGUAAUAGAAUAAAAUUUGGAUUUUUUUAUUUAUAUGAUUAUUACUGUUGCAAAAUUAUUAAAGUGACGUAACGGUAAUUAAAAUUGCCUCAGACUUGUAACGUUGUUAUAAUAUUGCACAGAAUGACAUUGUAGUCAAAUGAAUGCUGAGUAACCUUUACCGGU